AAAAUGAUAGGUGGUUCCGGGCCAGCUCAUAGGUUUGCCGCCAAGAACCAAAUGAAUGAGGAAAGCCAGGUCUAGGUUAGGAACGGCCGCAGCCCCACCGGCUGGGCCUCGGGAGGACCCGUAGCUCCGCGUUGCGCCCCCUCCCCCAACCCCCCUACUGGUAGUGGACACUCCCACCAGCUCGCAGCCCUUGGUCAGACCAUCGACCCCUAAAAGAGCCCAAGCCCAUGCCCCUGCCCCGCAGGGAAAGGAGAUCCCGCCUGGUCAGCUCCCGAGUGGCCGGAACUAGCGUCCCACGGGCCACAGCCCACUCCCCAAGACGUGCCGGCCAAGGAGCCCCCUCGUUAAGCCAUGCGCAGCCUCUCACCCGGCGGCGCCAUUCCUCCGAGCAGGUCCCACCGGAGCCCGGUCCGCAGGCUGACUUCCGCUCGGGAAAGUGGCUCUACGAGCGCGCCGGAGGGGACACCAGGGACUCCCGGCAGACUCCACUUGCCGGGAUGGGCUCUAGACACAGGAUCUGUGAUCAAGAAGAAGUAGUGAUUCCCUGUGGUUCUGAUGAUUUUGGAAGUGUGGAUUUGGAAUUGGGCAAUUUGGAGGAUAUUAAAAAAGACUCAAGUAGUAGUGAACUUACAGUAUUAGACCUGGACAUCCCUGAUCUCCCUGAACUCCCUCAGGAGUCCUUCACAGAUAACCUCAGACAUUUUAGCCCCCAGGGGCCUCUCUGUGAAACCAGUGUUGAGAGACUAGUCCAGUCCAUCCAGGAGGUGUUUAGUGGUAAGCUAAAGGAUGAACCUGAAAAGCUGACAUUCCUGAGGUCUUUGUCUUCUCUCAGUGAAACUUUACGUUAUGAUGAAACCACAGAAUCGUUCAUUCAUAGCCACAUAGCAGACAUAGUGCACAUCCUGAAUGUACUGGUGCAAGAGGAGCCCCUGCAUUCUCUGCUCAGCCCUGUGCUCCAGGAGGUCUUUGCCACCAUCACUGUCCUCAGUUACCAAGAUAUCCACUUGCUGUUUGGCUCUGAAGAUCAUACUGAGUUGUUCAGUCUCAUCACCAAAAGAAUAGUCAGUCUGCCCUCUGUCAGGAGUCUUACCCAGCUGGAGGAAACCAUGGCAGGCAAGCCCUUCAACCCAGAGUGUCUCUACAGGCAGACGUUCCAGGCAUUUUCUGAGAUGCUCCAGAGUUUGGUGAUAAAAGACCCACAUUUGGAAAAAUUUGAUGCCAUUUUUAAGCACAUGGGCCCCUGCUUACAGUCAGUCAAAGACCAUGAGCGGGAAUGGGCCACAGCCAGCAUGGCUCAAGUUCUGAAGUGCUUAUCCAGACAUCUCUGCCUGAAGCUUCCACUGCAAUUCCAAAGCCUUGGACAUCUAGUAGCUCUGAUGGCACUGCUAUGUGGGGACCCACUCAGAGCGGUGGCUGAAGAGGCUGCAGAAGGCGCACACUACCUGCUGCAUGUCGCCCUACGGCUAAAGUAUACCACUCAAGACAAAACAAACCAGAGCUUGAGAAGAGGGUUGAAAAAGUGCUGUGAAAUUCUAGAGCUCCACGAUAUUAAGCAGUUUUACCAUGAUCCUUUCAAAAUUGCCCAGGUCUUUGAAGUUUUCCUCAAUUCAAAUGAGCUCUGCCAGUUUAUAAUGACUACACUGAAUGGCCUAAAAAAUCUGAAACAUACUUGCACCCAGGAAUUAGCCGGAGAAUUGCUGCUAAUGUUGGUAAAAAAAGCGGAGUGCCGAUUUGAGAAGGUACCAGAAAUUAUGGGAGUUAUCUGUGCCCAGCUACCCAUAAUCAGUCAGCCAGGAGUCCGCGAACAAAUCAUAAGUACUGUGAGUUUGUUUAUCUCCAGACCCAAGUACACAGAUAUAGUGCUUAGCCAUCUUCUGUGCCAACCAGUACCAUAUGACAGGAAUCUAGCGGCGUUUUGGAGAACUCUGAACAUAGACCUGCCCAGCACGACCUGGGUACUGUGGAGGCUGCUGAGGAAGCUCCAGAAAUGCCACAGUGUGCCCUGCCAGGAGAAGAUGGCCUAUGUGGCUGUUGCUGCAACAGAUGCCCUUUAUGAGGUGUUUGUGGGAAACAGGCUGCGAGCAGCUACAUUCCGACUCUUCCCUCAGCUUCUCAUGACACUGCUCAUCCAGAUUCACCACAGCAUUGGCCUAACCAUGUCUGACGUCGCCAUCCCAAGUGGCCUGUAUACAGAGCAGAAAAUGUCGACAGCGGUCACACCUUUGUGUUUGGCCACACAGGCCACAAAGACUCUACUUCUCAGAGCACUAUGCAGGCAGGAAUUUGACAUAAUGGAAAAGAAUAAAGGAUGGACUCUGCUGGAAGAAGAAGAUUGCCAUCUCCAGGGAGUAUUUCUCCUUGCCAAUGCAUUGCUAGAAAGAGAUCACUUCCUUGCGUGCAGGAUCUUGUAUUUGUUAGUCCCACUUCUUAAUCGAGGGAAUGAUAAACAUAAGCUCACAUCUGCCGGCUUUUUUGUGGAGCUCCUUCAGAGUCCAGUGGCUAGGAGACUGCCCAGCAUAUAUUCCAUAGCCCGCUUGAAAGACUGGCUGCACCAUGGAAAUGAUCUCUUCAGGAUUCUUGCCCUGAGGGGGCUCCGCAAUCUUGUCAGACACUGGGAGAUGAGGGAAGACAUCAAGAGACUGUUGCCAUCCAUCUUAGACAGCUUGUGGGAAUCUGAUGAGAGGAUUGUUUUGUUGGCCAUCCAGAUACUACAGAAGCUUGUUGAGACAAUGGAUUUCACCACGCUGGCUGCCAUGAUGAGAAUCCUGUUCUCUUUAUUUGGUGAUAUGAGACCUGGUGUUCAUCAUUUCUCCAUGACCCUGUUUGGAGCCUCUGUAAAGUCUGUGAAACACACCCAUAAGAAGAGUAUAGAGAAUCAAGUCCUGGAAAGCUUGGUCCCACUGCUUCUGUAUUCCCAGGAUGAAAAUGGUGCAAUAGCCAAGGAGAGCAAGCGAGUCCUAAAAAUAUGUUCGCAAUUCCUGAAGUGGAAGCUGCCCCAAGAAGUAUAUGACAAAGAUCCCUUCUACAUUAAACCUGGUGAAGUUAGAACAAUCUGCAAAUUCUUUGUACAAAAAUGCAAGGGUAAAAUUGACAUCCUUGCCCAAACAUUGAUGUACUUCAAGAAUGCAAAACUUCCCAUCAGAAGAACAGCAGUCUUAUUUGUAGGGCUUUUAUCAAAAUACAUGGAUCACAGUGAGGCUGGAAUGAAGAAGACUGAUUGGAUACAAGAUGAAUUGAAAGAGCUGCUGCAUGACCCUGAGCCUUCCCUGCGCAUCCUUGCCUACCAGGCUCUGUUCCGAGUCCAGAAGGUGGAGUCCCAGGCAGAACCCAAGCAGACAGUUUGCUGGUGGAGGAAGCUCCUGGGCUGUCACUCUACCUAGAAAAAUAAGGCAGUCAACAUCAGACAGAAGCAUCCAUUGAGAAACAGAGGACAGCUCUUUACUGAACUCCCUCAGCAAAGGCUAAGAAGUCCCUGACAGCGACUGCAUUAACAAGUCCAUUUAAUCAAAAUAACUCAAUUUUUUUUGUACAUACAGCUUUUCUUAAAAACAGGUUUAUGUUUUCAUGAAUUUUUAAAACUACACAAAACAAAAAUCUU